UGCUCCUUUGGAACCGUAUCCCAGCCAGACAGCACCACCUCCAGCAUUAGAGAAUGCACAGGCUGGUUUCGCGCCCACAAUUACUACCCAUACCAGUUUGAUUUAGUGGACAAAGACCCACGCUUCGAAGACGUUGAUGUGAUCGCUUUGUCGCGUUGUACCAAACGAUUUUUUGGCGUCCAUGAAAGAAACGAUUCUGUAGCUGUCUUGAGAAGUGCAAGCGUUACUCCAAGAUUUUGUUCUGUAUGGCGCGUGACGUUUUGGUAUCGGCUGUCCGAUUACCCAGUCUUCGAUUCUGCCAGUCCACAAAACCAGUUCCACCUUAAAGUGUUUGUCGAAAAUACUGGACAAGCAUUUCCAACUGAACAGAUCUGGGGAAGAGAAGAGGAUUAUAACGGUGUUCUUCCCAACGUUUGGUAUUCCGGCCAAGCUGUUGUUCAUCGCUCCGAGAUGUUCGCAUUAUACUGGUUCGCUUAUCAUAACGACAACUGUGAGAGUGAUCGCAAAUCAAUCGCUCUGGAUACCAUCACAUUCCAACUUGCCAGAAGCGCAAACGCCAGCCAGGACGAUGCAAUAUGCACGAAUUCCUCGACUGUGAACCUGGAUGCAGCGACAAAUGCGACUACUCAAACAAGUACUUCCGCAUGGACUACAUCGCAACCAGCUACACUGCUUACCUCAACGGAACACACGACAACAGAACCCACAACGUCCAUGACAUCUUCCCCUUCACGAGCAACGCCCACUACGACGACAACCGGGGUUCAUACUAUUCAACCCAAUUUCUCCGCACACCUGCAGAACGCUAUCAACAAGGAUACAUAUCCGAAUAACACUUCUUACUACACGCAAUCGACACACCAUGUUCUGAACAUUAUUCAAAGCGCUGUCAACAACGAAAGUGUGGAACUCACUUUCAACGACAUCUUUACAAUUGCAACCUACUUUCAAGAAUUUGCCGGAGCAGAAAUCCCCGAUGAUUUACCAGAGGGAUCUCAGAACGACGCCUUAAAUACGCUGUUGCAGAUCACAGACCAGAUAGUUAUUGCGGAGGAAUCUGGGAAAUCAGCCGUAGCGGCAACAAAUGACGGAUAUGAUGCUGCAUCCAUUAUUUACCAGGCAUUGGAAACACUGUACAACAAUCUACCGCCAACGGAUGCACCUUAUGUCUUUAACGAAACGCUUUCAUUCACAUUUGCGCAUGUUCUUCAAAUCAACGCUUCUUCGCAAUUCGAUGAUUUCAAAUUCCACACAAAGAUGGACAUUGUCGGCUUUAACCGUGGAAUACUGACUUCAGCCGGCUCAAAUUUAAGCAGCGUUCCUGUAACUUCGAUUUCGUUUAAGGACGAUGUUUUGCGGGAAGCCUUCAACGAGCUAAAACAAACAGCCAGCGAAACCAACGUAAAAUUCGCAUUCUCUCUAUCCGCGAUGCCGGCAUUCAAGUUCGCCCGAUACAUUCCAGCCAGUGAAGUGCGACAAAGGUCAAGUCCUUUAGUAUUAUUGGCAUCAGUGGGACACAAUUCGAAGCGGAAAGAUAUAAUAACCGUUCGCCACAACGUCGACCAGUUGUUUAAUUUUCCGUCAGGAGCAAGGAGACAGCACCAGUGCAUCUUCCUCGAUUAUACCUCUAAGCAGUGGUCGACAGAUGGAUGCAGAGUAACGGCUAAAUACCCCAAAUGGAGCGAUACGGUUGUGGAGUGCACGUGCGACCAUUUAACGCCCUUCUCUCUUUUAUUGACGCUAUGUGGCAGCUUAUCCAACUCGUUCGCCUCGAAGGAUAAACCGUUUACUCUUGAUUUGGCCAUCGUGACCACAAUGACAACGGCUGUCUCUACACUCUGUUGCCUGAUUGCCUUGGUUAUAAUAGUUGUAAAAACUUGGCGAAGAGAAGUCGUCUAUGACGAAAAGAACUUUAUUCGAACCGGAUUGUGGAUAGCGCUGUUCGGGAUGUACUGCUUUAUAAUCUCCUCAAAGUUGAUGGUUUAUUUCCCGGAAUUGUGUGGACAGCAAUUUUGUCUAAUCAACGCCAUUCUUGUGCACUGGUUUGCGUUAAUGAGUGUUGCUUGGACAGCUGUUCAAACAGUGCGCAUUAUUCAAAUUGUGCGGCGUCCGUUAGAACAUGGAAAAAGAAGAUCGCUUCCUACCGACAAUUAUUACGGAUUCAACAUAAAAAACUGGCUUGCAGCGACACUUAUCCCCAGUAUAUUUCCUUUCCUUGCCUCGAUGCCGGAGUUUUCCGAGAGCUUAGCGCCCCUUCUGGGCGGAUAUGGCUAUGCAAGCCAUGAAAAAUGGUGCUGGUUGGGCGACGAUAAUACCUGGAUACCAUGGGUGACCUUCAUUGUGCCUGUAUCACUGGUUGCUUUGCUCAACGUCUCAGCCGUGAUAUUAUACGUUAUCUCAACCCGUAAACUUCAGAAAGACCAUUGCAGUACUAGACAAGCGUAACGGUGUGCACGGGGAUCCUGUUAAGCAAAGACUUCACGGUGUCAUCAUAAACACUGGCCUGAUGGGUUGUGUCUGGUUGAGCAUGUGGCUGGCGCUGUUCUCAUGCGUUGUUGAUGAAACCGAAACGCUACCCUACGUGUUUGUUAUCCUGCUGACAGUCGCUUGCGGAUCGCAAGCAGUCUACUUAAUCUUCUUCGAGGCAAUCAUUCCGGAUAAGCAGCGGAAGCGUCGGAAUGGUUACGAUAUUUAUAUCCAGGGGAGCAGUGAUGUAUCGACACGAACUUAACCGUAAACAUGGAACCGUCUGAAACGUUAGAUUUUUGUGAAAAUUUUUGGGCUCAUGUU